CGGAGUGCCAGUCACAAUCUGCUAGAGGCGAGGGAGGGCAAGAAAGACCACUGUAACUACAAAGGCAAGAGGGGCGCAGUUAGAGAAGUGUUGAUAAACGUGGGCUAUGCGCGCAACAAGGGGGGAGCGCAGUGCACAGAGGAGGUGAACGCAUGUAAAGACUCUGCUUCACACUCACAGCCUCCUUCCUGAAGAGACGCAACGCUGAGAGUGGAAAGGAGUAAGGAAAAACUCUAAGAACAACAAAUCAACUCCUGGACAAUAGUUCACUGACUGCCCCCAAGACAGAAGCUUGGAUAAAGGGGUCCAAGAGAGACUUUUGUCCUGGUCAGAACCUGCUCUGGAAGAGAAAAAAGAAAAUGAAUGUCAGUGAUGAGAAUCUGCUGAAAUCCAUUAGCAACGACGCGCUCCUUGACCUGACGCAGCGCUACGGGCAGCAAGCGUUCGGGUUUGGCGCUGGCCAUGGUGCUGGAAGCCCCGGCAGGUACCCGCUCACGCCUGCCGCCGAUUUUCUCUCCGGGCAGACCGCGAAGUCCAACGAGAGCGGCGGGGAGCACACGAGCGACGACGAGGACGGCUUUGAAUCACUUGAGUCGCGGAAGAGGGGUUCCUCAUUUGGGGACGACAAACCCGGCGGGCCACUAGCCAAAAAGUCCAAGGAGCAGCGGUCCCUGCGGCUUAGCAUCAACGCUCGAGAGAGAAGAAGGAUGCACGACCUGAACGACGCUUUGGACGGCCUGCGCGCAGUCAUCCCGUACGCCCACAGCCCCUCGGUGAGAAAACUCUCCAAAAUAGCCACUCUCCUCUUGGCCAAGAACUAUAUCCUCAUGCAGGCUCAGGCUCUGGAGGAGAUGAGGCGGCUGGUGGCGUAUCUGAACCAAGGACAAACCAUCACCUCACCGAUCCCCACCGCCCUGGCACCCUUUGGACAGGCAGCCGUCUACCCGUUUUCGGGCUCCACACUUGCCACCUGUGCCGAAAAGUGCACCACUUACUCUGGGGCACCGUCGACUCUCUUCAAACACUGUAAUGACAAGCCUUGAUUUGAUUUACACUUUCCCUGAACUUUUACCUUUACUGUACCCAUGUCGGUCUCCGUCCCACUCUAGUUCAUUUAACGCAUAAUUCUGUGGAAAUUAAAACGGUUUUAGUCUGAUGAAUAAUAGUAAUAUAUGGUUCGGUAACCAUGCUUGAAAACUAUUGAAAUGAAAUUGUUUUGGCCUUCCUGUUACCGUGGCUUGCAUGUCUCACAUAAGUACAGGCCAUAUCCAGUCAUUAACGGAAAAUCUGGGAAGUUUGUGUUAUCAUUUGCAAUCUAUGCAACAGUCAGUAAUUGCACGAAAACUUCAAAUAACCAAGACCAGUUUCGACCUUUAGAUCUGAUCCUCUUAAUUAAGUAUGAAAACAAUCUGAUGUUCUAUUUUAUGAUACAGCGUGUUUGUUUUUAUUUAAACAUAUUGCACAUCUUUCAUGAUUGUAUUGUACAUCUUUGAAAUAUCUUCAAAACCCGGAUAUGGUUACAUAACUGCAGCCUAUAAAUUGAAGAAACUCUGGUUCUGGUUCUGGUUGUGUUGCAACAUGGGUUUCAUAUAUUGUUUAUAGUUUGUCUUUAUAAUUAAAAC